AUGCCCCUCGCCGUCUCAAAACCUCCUGGGGAGGCCGGCUCAGCAUGGCCGGCCAUCGCCAUCAGUGCCUUCGUGGCCUUUGGCGGCGUGCUCUUUGGAUACGACACGGGUACCAUCAGCGGAAUCCUCGCCAUGGACUACUGGAGGGACCUCUUCUCAACUGGCUAUCGUGAUCCCAAGGGUCACCUGGACGUGUCACCCUCGCAGUCGUCCGCUAUUGUGUCCAUAUUGUCCGCCGGCACCUUCUUUGGUGCCCUCGCCUCACCGCUCCUGGGUGACACCAUCGGACGCCGCUGGGGCCUCAUUGCGUCGUGUUGGGUCUUCAACCUUGGCGUCGCGCUCCAGACAGCGGCCACUGCGCUCCCUCUCUUCCUUGCCGGGCGCUUCUUUGCGGGACUAGGAGUCGGCCUACUCUCCGCGCUCGUCCCACUAUACCAGUCGGAAACCGCACCGAAAUGGAUCCGAGGAGCUAUUGUUGGGAGUUAUCAGUUCGCCAUCACUAUCGGCCUGCUCCUCGCUGCUGUCGUCGACAAUGCCACACAUCUCCGCAUGGACACAGGUUCCUACCGGAUCCCCAUCGCCGUCCAGUUCGCCUGGUCCAUCAUCCUCAUCGUGGGUAUGCUUCUACUUCCAGAGACACCCCGCUAUCUGAUUAAGCGAGGGCAAAUGGACAAGGCCAAGUCGGCUCUUGGACGUCUUCGCCGGCUGCCGCAGGACCACGCCGCUGUCCAUGACGAGCUUGCUGAGGUCCAAGCCAGCUACGAGUAUGAAAUGAGCGUAGGCGAGGCCGGCUAUCUCGACUGCUUCCGCGGCGGCAUGCUGAAGAGGCAGUUGACGGGCAUGGGCAUUCAAGCGCUACAGCAACUUACGGGUAUCAACUUCAUCUUCUACUACGGCACGCAAUUCUUCCGCAACUCCGGCAUAUCCAACGCCUUCACCAUCACGCUCAUCACCUCCUGCGUCAACGUCGUAUCCACCAUUCCUGGUCUUUAUGCGACCGACACGUGGGGCCGUCGACCUCUCCUCUUCCUCGGCGGCAUCGGCAUGAGCAUCAGCCAACUUCUUGUGGCCGUCCUCGGUACCACCACUACCGGGCAGGAUGCCGACGGUAACAUUCUCGUGUUUAACCUUGCCGCGCAAAAGGCAUCUAUCGCGUUUGUUUGCAUCUACAUCUUUUUCUUUGCCUCCACUUGGGGCCCCCUCGCUUGGGUGGUCACAGGCGAGAUCUUCCCCCUAAAGCACCGUGCUAGGGGUUUGUCUAUCACGACUGCCACCAACUGGCUACUCAACUGGGCUAUUGCGUACGCGACGCCGUAUCUGGUCAACUACGGCGAAGGGUAUGCCAACCUGCAAAGCAAGAUCUUCUUUGUCUGGUUUGGCUCCUGCUUUCUGUGUAUCGCCUUUGUGUACUUCCUCAUCUACGAGACCAAGGGGUUGUCGCUAGAGCAGGUGGAUGAGAUGUACGGGGACAAGACGUGCACUCCGUGGCGAAGCGCCGGUUGGCGGCCCAGUGAGAUCCCUCGGGAAAAGGGCAAGGAGGAUAACGGCGACUCGGCUAGCGCCGAAGUCGUUGUUCUAGAGGAGGUUAGCCCACAGCCCGCCUCGCGGGUGUAA